UUUUUCGGUUGAUCGGUUUAUUUUUUGUUUUGUUUUGUUUUUGUUUGUUUUGACUGGGGGCUUUUAAAUUUUUCUUACUCUCCUUCUCCCUCCCCGCUGAGCAGCGGCGGCAGCAGCAAUAUGGCUGGUGAUGGGUUUUUUGGGGGGCGCUGGCGGCGGGAGGAGCUCUCGGAAGCCCCUGCGCGCCCGGCUCGCUGUUAGCUAUGGCAAAUGGCAGCGGCGGCGGCUCCUACCCGGGCGGCAGCGGCAGCGGCAUUAGAAUGAGUAACAAUAUCAACGCCAACAAUCUCAACACAGACUCGUCCUCCUCCCCCGUCAAUGUGCCCAAGAUGGAUGCGCUCAUCAUCCCGGUGACCAUGGAGGUGCCCUGCGAUAGCCGCGGACAGCGCAUGUGGUGGGCUUUCCUCGCCUCAUCCAUGGUUACUUUCUUUGGGGGACUGUUUAUCAUCCUGCUGUGGAGGACCCUCAAGUACCUGUGGACUGUCUGCUGCCACUGCGGGGUCAAAAACAAGGAGGCCCAGAAGAUCAAUGGUGGUGGAGAUACACAGGCAGAUGGAGCCUGCAAACCAACAGAUGAAAAAGAGGAGAAUGUGGCAGCAGAAGUGGGAUGGAUGACGUCUGUGAAGGAUUGGGCAGGAGUCAUGAUAUCUGCCCAGACAUUAACUGGCAGAGUACUUGUUGUCUUAGUCUUCGCUCUUAGUAUUGGUGCUCUUGUAAUAUACUUCAUAGAUUCAUCAAACCCAAUAGAAUCCUGCCAGAAUUUCUACAAAGAUUUCACAUUACAGAUCGACAUGGCUUUCAAUGUGUUCUUCCUACUCUACUUCGGCUUGCGUUUUAUAGCAGCCAAUGACAAGCUAUGGUUUUGGCUAGAAGUUAACUCAGUGGUAGAUUUCUUCACGGUCCCUCCAGUGUUUGUGUCAGUAUAUUUAAACAGAAGUUGGCUUGGUUUAAGAUUUUUAAGAGCCCUUAGACUGAUACAAUUCUCAGAAAUCUUACAAUUUCUGAAUAUACUUAAAACAAGUAAUUCCAUCAAGCUAGUGAAUCUGUGCUCUAUAUUUAUCAGCACGUGGCUGACAGCAGCUGGGUUCAUACAUUUGGUGGAGAACUCAGGGGAUCCAUGGGAAAAUUUCCAAAAUAAUCAACCGCUAACAUAUUGGGAAUGUGUUUAUUUGCUGAUGGUUACAAUGUCCACCGUUGGCUAUGGAGAUGUUUAUGCAAAAACAACCCUUGGUCGCCUUUUCAUGGUCUUCUUCAUCCUUGGGGGAUUGGCCAUGUUUGCCAGCUACGUCCCUGAAAUCAUAGAGUUAAUAGGAAACCGCAAGAAAUAUGGUGGUUCCUAUAGUGCGGUUAGUGGAAGAAAGCACAUAGUUGUCUGUGGUCACAUAACACUUGAAAGUGUGUCGAAUUUCCUGAAGGACUUCCUGCACAAGGAUAGGGAUGAUGUCAAUGUAGAAAUCGUCUUUCUGCAUAAUAUCUCCCCUAACCUUGAGCUGGAAGCUCUUUUUAAACGACACUUCACUCAGGUGGAAUUUUAUCAGGGCUCAGUCCUUAAUCCCCAUGACCUGGCGAGAGUGAAGAUAGAGUCAGCAGAUGCGUGCCUAAUCCUUGCCAAUAAAUACUGCGCUGACCCAGAUGCUGAAGAUGCCUCCAAUAUUAUGAGAGUUAUUUCCAUAAAGAAUUAUCAUCCGAAGAUAAGAAUUAUCACUCAGAUGUUGCAGUACCACAAUAAGGCUCAUCUACUAAACAUCCCAAGCUGGAACUGGAAGGAAGGGGACGAUGCGAUCUGUCUUGCUGAGCUGAAGCUGGGUUUCAUAGCCCAGAGCUGCCUGGCACCAGGCCUUUCAACAAUGUUAGCCAACCUCUUCUCUAUGAGGUCAUUCAUAAAGAUUGAGGAGGAUACGUGGCAGAAAUACUACCUGGAAGGAGUUGCAAAUGAAAUGUAUACAGAAUAUCUGUCUAGUGCCUUUGUGGGUUUGUCCUUCCCUGCAGUUUGUGAACUGGUGUUUGCGAAGCUGAAGCUCUUAAUGAUAGCCAUAGAAUACAAGUCGGAAAAGCGCGAAAGCAGUAUAUUAAUCAAUCCUGGAAACCACGUCAAGAUUCAAGAAGGUACCUUAGGAUUCUUCAUUGCAAGUGAUGCCAAAGAAGUAAAAAGGGCAUAUUUUUACUGCAAGGCCUGUCAUGAUGACAUCACAGAUCCCAAAAGGAUAAAAAAAUGUGGCUGCAAACGGCCCAAGAUGUCCAUCUACAAGAGAAUGAGACUGGCAUGUUGUUUUGAUUGCGGACGCUCUGAGCGUGACUGCUCUUGCAUGUCAGGCAGUGUACAUAGUAACAUGGACACCCUUGAGAGAGCCUUCCCACUUUCUUCUGUCUCUGUUAAUGAUUGCUCCACCAGUUUACGUGCCUUCGAAGAUGAGCAGCCGUCGACACUAUCACCCAAAAAAAAGCAGCGAAAUGGAGGCAUGCGAAAUUCACCCAACUCCUCACCCAAACUGAUGAGGCAUGACCCCUUGUUAAUUCCUGGCAACGAGCAGAUUGACAAUAUGGAUGCCAACGUGAAAAAAUACGACUCUACAGGGAUGUUUCAUUGGUGUCCAGCCAAAGACAUCGAAAAGGUCAUUUUGACUCGAAGUGAAGCAGCGAUGACAGUUUUAAGUGGGCAUGUAGUCGUUUGCAUAUUUGGGGAUGUUAAAUCUGCUUUGAUUGGAUUAAGAAAUUUAGUGAUGCCAUUACGAGCCAGCAACUUUCACUACCAUGAACUCAAGCACAUCGUGUUUGUGGGUUCACUUGAAUACCUGAGAAGGGAAUGGGAGACACUGCAUAACUUCCCCAAGGUUUCAAUCUUGCCUGGUACGCCAUUAAGUCGGGCUGAUUUAAGGGCUGUCAACAUCAACCUCUGCGACAUGUGCGUUAUCCUGUCAGCCAAUCAGAAUAAUAUUGAUGAUGCUUCGCUGCAGGACAAGGAAUGCAUCUUGGCGUCACUCAACAUCAAAUCUAUGCAGUUUGAUGACAGCAUUGGGGUCUUGCAGGCUAAUUCCCAAGGCUUUACACCCCCUGGGAUGGAUAGGACAUCUCCAGACAACAGUCCAGUCCAUGGCCUUUUACGCCAACCCUCCAUUACAACAGGAGCCAACAUCCCUAUUAUAACAGAGCUAGUAAAUGAUUCAAAUGUUCAGUUCUUGGACCAAGAUGAUGAUGAUGAUCCCGACACAGAGCUGUACCUCACGCAGCCCUUUGCAUGUGGAACCGCGUUUGCUGUCAGCGUGCUGGACUCUCUCAUGAGCGCAACAUACUUCAAUGACAAUAUCCUCACACUGAUACGGACAUUGGUAACAGGAGGAGCCACACCAGAGCUGGAAGCACUGAUUGCUGAGGAAAAUGCAUUGAGAGGAGGUUACAGCACGCCCCAGACACUUGCAAACAGGGACAGGUGUCGAGUUGCUCAGUUGGCUUUGUAUGAUGGGCCAUUUGCAGACCUAGGGGAUGGAGGUUGUUAUGGAGAUCUAUUUUGUAAAGCACUGAAAACAUACAAUAUGCUUUGCUUUGGAAUUUAUCGAUUAAGGGAUGCACAUCUAAGUACUCCCAGCCAAUGCACUAAACGUUACGUUAUCACAAACCCACCGUAUGAAUUUGAGCUUGUGCCGACGGACUUGAUCUUCUGUUUGAUGCAAUUUGACCACAACGCUGGCCAGUCCCGAGCCAGCCUUUCUCAUUCCUCCCACUCCUCCUAUUCUUCCAGCAAGAAGAGCUCAUCAGUUCACUCUAUCCCAUCAACAGCAAACCGACCGAACCGCACCAAGACCAGGGAUUCCCGGGACAAACAGAAGUAUGUGCAGGAGGAUAGACUUUGAUAUGUGUAUCUGCUCCCACUGUGUGUGAAACUUGCAUUCACCACCCAUUCUCCCCGGUUAAUGUCUCCAGCAGUAACCUUCCCUGUUUUCCCAUGGAGUUCUCCCCUUUUGUACACAUAUUUUGCAUAUGUAUGACAGUGUGCAUGUGAUUGUCAUUUUUAUUUCACCACCAUAAAACCCUUAAGCACAACAGCAACAAAGCAGACGGACCAAAAGUUAUUUAUGAUGCUAGGGGAGAAUAAAAAAAGAAUUCCAAACCCAUAGGCACACUGAAAACAUAAAUAACUCGCUGCAGUUACUCUACAUAUCCGAAAAUAGAGUAUAUUUAACAUGAACACUUGCUCUUGAUGUCAGAGUUACACAAAGAAAGUCAUUUAGUGCAAAAGUGCUGAUGUAUGUUGCAGUAGGGUUUUUUUUUUAAUACUCAUAUUUACAGGAGCUGAUACAUUUAUUUUAAGCUUAUAAAACUCUCCUAUUGGAAAAAAAAAAAACACAAAAAUCCUGCAAAAAAAAAAUCCUUGCUGAUUUUUUACUCUCAGAACUUAUAUUAUAUAGGGCUUACACUCUUUGUAUAGAUUAUUGCUACACAUCUGCUUUAUACCAAAGCAAUAUCAGGGACUUUUCUGCUUGUUUAAGAACUUUCUCUAAAAUACUAGUCUUUUGGAGGUGGUGUAUUUUCCCUUUAACACUGAAAUUGUCUGGGCAUGAAGUUGUAAAACUCCAAUGGUUUAAUUUAAGUUUCGAAAGAGUCUAAUUGCAUAUUAAAUUAUUAUUCUGUCUAUUUAUAUUGCCACAUGAAUAGCUAUAUUUUCUUUCACUUUUGACAUUUGGGAUAAAAAGCCAUAUGUAUCAUAAAUAUUGGAUGUAAGUCAUUAAAAACUGCCUUCUUGGGACUUUUACGUCUUUAAAAGGUGAAUUAGUCACCUUAUGUACAGAAUAAAUAAUGUUCAGAAAAGAGCAAGCAUUUUUCUAUGCUUUCAUAUCAGAUCUCAAGGGACUUUGUUCCUUUCCCCAGAUGGUAGUUUAACUUUUCCAAGUUAGUGUUGGCAUAAAUUCUUCCAACAAGAGUCUUAAUAUGUGAAGAACCUCCAGAAAUCUUGCUACAUGAUCUACCUGUUUUUUUCAACAGGUGAAUGCCAGUAUGCAGGAAUACAGGGAAGACAACUGAGUGC